AUGUACCGCCAAAUUCUUGUAGAUCCUCGAGACCUCGACUACCAAAAAAUUCUGUGGCGUGACUCUCCUCUACAACCCGCUGAAGAGUAUCAUCUCCUCACGGUCACAUACGGUACUGCUCCGGCCCCAUUUCUAGCCCUUCGCGUCUUACAGCAGUUAGUCGAGGACGAAGGCUCUCAUUUUCCAGCGGCUAUUUCCGUUCUUCGGGUGCAAGUUUACAUAGACGAUUUCCUGUUCGGAGGCGAUAGUCACGAUUCCGUUCGUCACCUAAGAGAUCAAACCAUCGAGCUCUUAGGAACAGGAGGCUUCUCCUUACGAAAAUGGGCGAGUAAUGACUUCACGCUCUUGUCCGACAUUCAUCCGAGAAACCACGGCCUUGCUACCGGUAAAUCUUUACAAACCAACGAAAUAAUCUCAGUGCUUGGUAUUAGUUGGAAUCCAGCGUUAGACACGUUUAAUUUUAAAUUGAACAUACCGACCGAAUUGCCUCGAACUAAAAGGGUGAUCCUUUCAACCAUUGCAAAACUUUUCGAUCCCAUCGGUUGGAUCGUGCCUAUUCUCAUCGUCGCUAAAGUAUAUAUGCAGACAUUGUGGUCUAGCCGCUGCGAUUGGGAUGAUGUUCUUCCAGCAACCCUCCUCACGGAGUGGCAGACGUUCUAUGAACAACUGCCCGACCUGGAGCAUCUGUCCAUCCCACGAAAACUCGCACCGCGAGUUAUUCAAUCCACAAGCCUCCACGGAUUUUCCGACGCUUCCACGAAAGCUUACGCCGUCGCUAUUUACAUGCGUAGCGUGCUGUGUGAUGGCUCCAUACACACCUCUCUCCUCGUAUCGAAAACACGAGUGGCCUCAGUCAAGACUGUCAGCGUACCUCGACUGGAAUUAUGCGCUGCGCUGCUCCUUGCUCGCCUUUUACGAUUCGUACGGACCGCGUUACAUCAAGAAAUGAUUGAGGCUCAUUGUUGA